UUAAAAGUCAAUGUCUGGCCCGCACAGAGGGCUUUUUGUGCUCUCCUUCACAAUGCUAUCACCAAAAGGCCUUACCAGACUGGAUGACCAAAGCAGCGAGGGGGGUUUCUGCCUACCUGUGAACCUAUAAAGCAGCUCUUCAGCUGACUUCAAUGAUCUCUGCUCAUAGGAUUUAUCAUCAUUUAGCUGCUGAAGACCUACACAGGAACCAUGCAAAACUUCUGCUAGAGACCUGAGCCAACAUUUCUUCUGGAUUCUGCCACUGGGAUGUUUAACAAAAUGGCAGCUGUUGGCCUUUUCUUCAUCCUCCUCCCCGUGACGUGGGCCUGUGCCCCUCAGAAAGCUGAUUACGUGAUGGUGUCAUGUUUUCCCAAUGCCAUCAUCGCAAACGUGCCAGAAUGUCCAUAUGGAUGGGAGAUCGGCCAGCUGUCAUUGGGUGGCGUGUGCUAUACGGGCAUUAAUACCCCGGGCUUUUACCGUUUUACCAUCCCAGACCUCACUCCUAAAAAUCAUUCAUACUGCGGCACUUUGUCUGAGUAUGUAGGAGGCAAAGAUCCACGGUAUAUUUUCUACAACUCGAUUGUCUCCAACGACUCGUCUCUCACUGUGCGGAACCAGCCGGUCAACUACACGUUCAGUUGCACUUAUAAAGCGGCUUAUCUGGUCAACAACGCCGUGUUUAGCCAAAGAGUGGCAACAGUUUAUGUCAACAACGGGAGUUUAGGUUCUUUUAAGUCUCAGUUGUCUAUGAACGUGUUCACAAACUCAAAGUUCCUCUACGCAAAAGAUGCACCGUAUGUGAUUGACACAUCAGAGAUUGGAUCUGAGGUUUUCAUUGGCAUUGAAGCAAAAGGACUGAGCAACAGAUUCAAAGUUGUAAUCACAAACUGCUGGGCAACACCAACUCCAUAUUCAACAGACAGAAAAAGGUGGACUUUAAUUCAGAACAGUUGUUCAUUAGACAACACAGUCACCAUAUUUGAAAAUGCCAAAGACAGUCGGUCCAUGUUCAAGUUCAACUCGUUCCGCUUUCAACGGCUAGAAAAAGUGUCAACCGUGUGGCUCCACUGUGAAGUCCAAGUAUGUGACGGGGAGAAGUUGUUCUGUCAGCCGGUGAGUUUCAGUAUCGUUUCAACACUAUUGCAGUUACAAAUAAAUUCACUUGCCACACUGACACUCUUAACUUUAUACAAGACUCCCUGCACAUCAAGAAGCACUGAGUUUGAACCUGAUCCGAAUGGAGGCAUACUUACAAUGGAGUUUCAAGUCAGAGCACAACACUCCUCCAGUUACAUCCAUCCUGCAGGCCCAUUUCUGUGUUUGCUCUCCAUACUGCUACUGAAUGAAUUUUUAGGAUACUUUACUUUUUAAUAAAGCCUGAUGUGUGUCACUUAAAUGCAAUGAAACAAGCCUUUGCACUCUUACAAUUACAUGCAAAAUACUAAAUAUAGACACGCAUGCAUGCAUACAUCCACACACCAUACGUGUCUCAGGGAGUGUAUCCACACAUUCCUUUACAUAUUCACUUUUUGUAACCAUUUUUACUUGUUGAAUAAAUAUUAGUAGAAGCAGAAAAUAAUAUCCGAAUCAGAUGUCUUUAGUUUAACAGACACUGAGUUUUUGUAUCUUGUAUUAAAUGUGAAAAAUAUUGUGUAGUUAAACUCUUGUAAAAGAUUUUCUUCAUUGAUCAUUUGUUUAAAAUGCAUUUGUAAAUAAAAUUCUUGUUUUUAAA